CGGGCGGAGCGGCGGCGACCCCGGGCCCGGCCGGCGGCGGGCAGCAGGAGGAUGCGAAGCGUGCGCGCCGCGCGGCUGCUGGGGGUGGCCGUCCUGCUGGCGGCCGCUGUCCCCGGCAGUGGCAGCGUGCAAGGAACCAAUAGAACCUCUAAAGGAAGAAGUCUCAUUGGUAAGACUGACAGCUCGUCGCAGAUCACUGGGAAAGGAGUUACAGUGGAACAAGGCUUUUCUGUGGAUGACGUCUCUUCCUCCAUCCUCACUGGAAAACUGACUACUGUCUUUCUCCCAACUGUCUACACAAUUGUAUUUAUGGUUGGUUUGCCAAGCAACGGCAUGGCUCUGUGGGUCUUUCUCUUCCGGACGAAGAAGAAGCACCCUGCUGUGGUGUACAUGACCAACCUGGCCUUGGCAGACCUCCUUUCUGUGGUCUGGUUCCCGCUGAAGAUCUCCUACCACAUCCAUGGCAACAACUGGGUUUAUGGGGAAGCCCUUUGCAAGGUACUCAUUGGCUUUUUCUAUGGCAACAUGUACUGCUCCAUUCUCUUCAUGACCUGCCUCAGUGUGCAACGGUAUUGGGUCAUAGUGAAUCCCAUCGUGCACCCCGCGAGGAAGGCAAACAUCGCCUUGGGAGUCUCCCUGGGGAUAUGGCUGCUGAUACUGCUGGUUACCAUCCCCCUGUAUGUCAUGAGGCAGACUAUGCACAUUCCAGCCCUUAACAUCACGACCUGCCAUGAUGUCUUGCCUGAGGAAGUGUUGGUGGGGGACAUGUUCAAUUAUUUCCUCUCUCUGGCCAUCGGAGCCUUCCUAUUCCCAGCCUGCCUCACAGCCUCUGCCUAUGUGCUGAUGAUCAGAACACUCCGCUCUCCUGCUAUGGAUGAAAACUCGGGAAAGAAGAGGCAGAGGGCCAUCAAGCUCAUUGUCACCGUCCUGGCCAUGUACCUGAUCUGCUUUACCCCCAGUAACCUUCUGCUCGUGGUACAUUAUUUCAUGAUUAAAACCUGGAGCCAGAGCCACGUCUAUGCCCUGUACAUGGUGGCUCUCUGCCUGUCCACCCUUAACAGCUGCAUUGAUCCCUUCGUCUAUUACUUUGUUUCACAAGACUUCAGGGACCAUGUCAAGCACGCUCUCCUUUGUCGGAGUGUCCGUUCAGUCAGGCAGAUGCAAGUAUCCCUCACAUCAAAGAAAUUCUCCAGGAAAUCCAGCUCUUAUUCUUCAAGCUCAACCAGUGUCAAAACCUCUUACUGAGUUUUUCAGCCCCUCUGUUACUGUCCAGGAGGCCUUGGAGCCUACUCACUGUGAUGGGUGUUUUCCUGUUGUUCCCUAACCCAGUGGGUCUCCCCAUGUACCACGCAUAUGUAGGACCUCUCAGGAUUGCUGGAAGCUUCCCUGUUUCAUGAAGAAAGUCCCCCCCAAUUAACAGAGAUGUCAGUUUUAGAAUUCCUCUACGCAGGUGCUCCCAGAAAUGGAACUAAAAGAAGCAGACUUUUCAGAAGGUGAUGAAAAAACAGAAGCCCAGCGACUUGUAAAAACUAAUGUUGGCACGAAGACUCCGUUCUCAGCCAAAACUACAUUUCUUUUACAUCCGGGCUCAUUCACAGCCAUGUUAGAGCUUCCACGUUCCUCAGAGAUGAUCAGACCGAUUGUACAGAUGGGGCAAGUAAAGAGGUGAAGAAGCUACUCCGAGUCAGGGUAGCUUCCAUGCCAACCAAGGGCAGCCAGUCCGAUCUGCGGAUUGGACCAUAGACUUCCAGUGUUCAAUGGGUUCUCCUACCUCCUCUUGUUUAAAAAUACAGGUUCAUCAGACUCAGGAAUGAGAGGGCUCAGGGUCUGAGUCAGGAAACUAUUUUAACAAGCCCCUGCUGCGUAUGCUCCUGCACACCAAGGUUUGAGAACCACUGGUCUGGGUGCUGCUUCCACUUGACAAGGUGCCAAUGGAGAAGCAAACUGCUUUGUGUCUCUUUUAUGUGUAGCUUGUAAUAAGAUCUGCUUAUGGUCUCAUUAGGACUUUCAGUUAUUUAUCAGUCCCUUGAACUUUUGUAUGUAUCCUUAUCACUACAAGGAAAGUACAUUGAAGAUUUUAAGUGUGGAAAUACAAAUUUUGUGUGACUUUAAACUGACUCAGAAUCUUCAGUUUGAGUUAUAGAUGGUUUCAAAGUAAGAAUGGCAUUUACCACUUGUUUUUCAGAAUUGUAGUUGGAUUAUUUAUUUAUUGUCAGUUUUCUUCACUUGCUACAAAUAUGAAAUUGUAAUGCCUUCUCUGGGUUUGAACCACAUUCUAGAAAAGAAUGCUAAAGAGAUGUGAUUUAAAAUAUAUUUACAGGGUACUUUUCCAAACUGAAUUUAUGUAACUGUUGUAUUUGUGAUUUUUUGAAAUAAUCUUAUCGUAAUGAUUGAUUUGUAGAAACAUAUGACUCCCCCCCUUUUUUUAUGACUUAUUUUUGAGUUGUAUGUUUUGUAGGGUUUUUUUGAGGGAAAGUAUGGGAAGCCUCAGCAUCAUUCCUAUAAAAAGAAAUCUGAUGCUCACACCAUACUUCUUAGAUGAAUAGGGCCAUGCAGUACAUACUGCUUCAUAUUUGUUUUCAUUUAACAUUUCAGAAUAUUUUUCCAUUCUGUGUUUAUAGGCUGACCUCCAUUUUUAAUAGAUACAGACUUUAAUUUGGGGGUAUAUUGUGAUGCAUUUCGUCAUUUCCCUAGCAAUGUCUCCUGAAGUCUCUCUCUCUCUCUCUCUUUUGUUAUUAAAACAACAUCUAGGGAUGCCUGGGUGGCUCAGUGGUUGGGCGUGUGCCUGUGGCCCAGGGUGUGAUCCCAGGGGCCCAGGAUCGGGUCCCGCAUUGGGCUCCCUGCGAGGAGCCUGCUUCUCCCUCUGCCUGUGUCUCUGCCUCUCUCUGUGUGUCUCUUAUUAAUAAAUAAAUCUUAAAAAAAAUAAAACAUCUAUACUGCAUUAGACAUCGGUGUAGACAUCUUUGUGAGUAUUUCUCUAGGAUAAGUUCCUGGAAGUAGAAUGACCAGGUCAAAAGUUAGAUGACCACUCUAAAUUUUGGUAACUCUUGCCAAAUUACCUUCAGUAAUUUAUAUAUAUAAAGAUCUUAUUUAUUUAUUUAUUCAUGAGAGACCAAGAGGGGCGGAGACACAGGCAGAGGGAGAGGCGGGUUCCCUGCAGGGAGCCCAAUGCGGGACCCGAUCCUGGGCCCCUCGGAUCGGGCCCUGGGCCACAGACAGACACUAAACCACUGAGCUGCCCAGGGAUCCCUGCUUCAGUAAUUUAUAUUUCUACCAAAAUAGUACAUUUGCUCCUGUUUCCUGAAAUGCUCGUCCAUUUGAUCUGUCGAUCUUUUAUUCUUUUAAUUUGUAUUGAAGAAGCAUAGCCUAGUGGUUAAGAGUGCAGCUCCUGAGCUGGCAGGCAGGAGUGACCUCUGACUCCAUCAUUUCUUGUUCUGUGAGCUAAGGAAAGAUCCUUCCCUGUGCUUUAGUCUCCUCAUUUGUAAAAUUAAGAUAAUGAUACUUUCCUUAUAGAGUUAUGAGGAUUAAAUGUUCGGCACAUUUAUGCACUCAUAAAUACUAUGUAGCACUGUGGCUGUCACUCUGACUGCUAAUGACAUUUCAUUUCUGCUCUGUCCCCUGUCCCCUUUAGUGCCAGUUUACACCUUGUCUUCCCUGCCUGCUCUGCUUUGAGUCUCAGCAGGCUUAGGUUGUCUUCAUCUUACAGGUAAGAAAGCAAAAGAUGGUGGGCACAGAAGAAAAGGAAGCAGAAGCAGAUGGCUCACAAGGGCCCUGCAGGUGGUGUAUGGACUGAUGCAGUGGAAAAACUUAUUUUGGUAUAUUUGCCAUCUCUUUAUCAGACAUUUUUAUGAUACAUGCUGGUAUAUUAAACUGAACAAGAACAUAUAAAUAAAGAUUUUCUUUC